UAGGGAGAAUUCUUCAUCACUCUGUCCUCGCAAGAAAAUGAGGACAAGUUUGAGCGGUAAACUAGACAUGAUUUCUGAAAAUGGGAACACUCAGCCUUAUGACAUGGUCGUGUUAGAGAAGCCAGUCACAAACAAAGAUUCACAUUGCUCCAAAGCAGAAAUAAAAAGGGAAACUGAUUUUGCCACCAAAACUGAUGGUGGAUGCUUUUCUAGGCCUGAAAGAUUUCCAAAGCAAACAUGCCAUGAGAAUCUUGGGAGGAUGAAGCCAUUGACUACAACUGAGAAAGCUAUAGCUCUUCAAAGGGCUAAUGCUUUCAAAUCUGAUAAACCUUCUUUCAAGAUGGCUAUGCAGCCCUCUCAUAUCCAUGGCGGUACUAUUAGUUUGCCAUAUGAAUUUGCAAAGAGACAUCUUAUCAAGCUGCCUGCUGGUAUUGCCAUCCUUAGAGUAUCAGAUGGAAGAACUUGGUCUGUGAUGUUCAAGUAUGAUCAUAAAAACUCAAAAGCUCGAUUAUGGAGAAGUGGUUGGUCAUCUUUUGUGAGGGACAAUAAUUUGAAAGUUGGGGAUGUAUGUGUCUUUGUCCUUAUUGACUGCAAUAAGCUUUCCUUUGAAGUUUUCUUUUACCCCACCAUAGAAGCUACAAAUUGCCGCUUCUCACCAGGCUAUGGCAGAGGAGCAAUUGUUCAAGUCGAAGAAAAGAAAAGACCCAUAUUUGAAGCUGAAUCCAACAUGAAUUGUGAAAUUGUUGAGAACAAGACGCUGAAGAUUUAUGAGCCAGUUACUCAAAAGCCUUCUUCAUCUUUGAGGGCUUAAAGAGUCAGUCUUGAAGCUGCCAAUAAAAUCGUCUCAAAGAAUCCCUUCUUCUUAGUCUCUCUGCGGUCAAUCCAGAGAGUGAAGAAGAAUGUGAAUGUACCAGCUAGUUUUUUCAAGAGUUUCAUAAAGAGGUAAGAAACAAACCGUGAAGCUUCAGGUUCAGGAUAGAUCAUGGCCUGUAAAUUUGGUUCCUAGUAACUAUUCAGCCAGUUUAUGUGGUGGUUGGGCUGCAUUUGCGAAGGAACAUUGUUUAGAAGAAGGAGAUGUUUGC